AGUAAUAGAAAAGCAGCCUAGUAGAGAGCCAAUAUGAUGAGGCAGAUGUGGAACAGUUGCCAUUUCAACUGCACUUCUUGCAAGCUAGCUCUUUUCCUUACCAUGGUUUUCUUCUGUUCUUUCUUCUUGGCGUGCAACAAAAACAGAUGGGUGCUUCUCAAGGAAAGAGUUGGACACCUCGAGAAACCUUUUCGGAUCUCCUUGGAAUAUAUUGCUAAUGGGAACAGAAGUGUAGCUGUCAUUGAUUCCUUUGCAAUGAAGAACUGCAGCACAGGUUCUCCUUCCGGUCCUAAAAUGGCUCUGCAGAGUUCCUUCAGCUGCUGGAAUGGAACUGUGAUCAAGCUGGGACAGGUGUGUGACUUCAUCAGAGACUGUACAGAGGGAGAGGACGAGGGACAGCUGUGCAAAAAACUUCCCUCUGGCUUCUACUGCUCCUUUGAAGAUGAAGACUGUGGCUGGACUCAAAGUUCAUCAACUUCCCAAGAGGCCCAUCUGUGGCAUAUUGGAAAUCCACAACAUAGCCAUUUUUGUUUGAAAGAAUGUGCACUUUUGCUUAACACAAGUGAGAUGCCAGCUGCAGAAACAGUUGUGGUGACUAGUGCUGUGUUUCCAGCUCCCAUGAAAAACUCACCCUGUGAGCUCCGGAUGUCAUGGCUGCUCCAUGGUAUCUUUCUUGGAGAUGUUUCCCUGGUCCUUGUCGAGAACAAGACUGGGAAGGAACAGAGCAGGAAACUCUGGCACUUGGAAAAUAGAAAAGGAUUGGGGGUGUGGCAGAAGAUGCUCAGGCCUCUCACGGAUGUAUCAGACAGGUUUUGGCUUCAGAUUGUUACAUCCUGGAAAGUUGGAUCAGACGCCAUCAUUGCUUUUGAUAAUGUGUCACUCAGCCUGGACUGCUAUCUUACAAUCAAUGAAGAGAAGACAUCUCGAGACAACAGCCCGGACGCAGGCAAUCUGCUCACUGAAAGAGGCAGGGGGGAAGGGCAGAUUACAGAGAGGCCAACACAGGAUCCUGCACCAGUUGGCCUUGAAGAUCAUUGGCUCUUCAAUACUUGUGGUGCUAAUGGACCUCAAGGGCCCACCCAGACCCAAUGCAAUGAUGCCUAUAGGAACUCCAAUCUCAGUGUAGUGGUAGGGACGGAGGGUAAUUUUCCAGGUGUACAAGUGUGGAGAGUGCCAGCAACCAAUACUUACAGAGUCUCGGGCUAUGGGGCAUCCGGUGGCAAAGGGAAGAACAGUAUCAUGAGGUCACAUGGUGUGUCUGUGGUUGGAAUAUUUAGACUCCAGAAAAACGAUAACUUGUAUAUUUUGGUGGGACAACAAGGAGAAGAUGCCUGCCCUAGUACUCUGACCAACCAAGUUAUACAGAAGGUCUGCAUUGGAGAGAAUAAUGUUGUUGAAGAUGAAAUUAAAGUAAAUAAGAGUGUCUAUGAAUGGGCUGGAGGUGGUGGUGGAGGUGGAGGAGCAACUUAUAUAUUUAAGAUGGAAAAUGGAAAGCCAGUCCCCUUGAUUGUUGCAGCAGGAGGUGGUGGCAAGGCCUACAGGGACAAAGCAUAUACAUUUCACCAAGAAAAACUGGAGAAUGACACAUCUGUUCCAGGGCUCAGUGGGAAACCAGGAGCCGCAGGUGGUGGAGGUGGCUGGAAUGAUAACACUUCCUUCCUCUGGUCGGGAAAAUCCUUGCUGGAAGGCGCUACCGGAGGAAAAUCCUGCCCCCAGGCCAUGAAGAAGUGGGGGUGGGAGACAAGAGGGGGUUUCGGAGGGGGUGGAGGGGGGUGCUCCUCAGGUGGAGGAGGCGGAGGAUAUAUAGGUGGCAAUGCAGCAGAAAACAAUGACCCAGAGAUGGAUGGAGAAGAUGGUGCAUCUUUUAUUAAUAAUCAGUAUGGUUCAUUGUACACCCCAGCAUUAAAAGUGACAGAUGGGCAUGGCGAAGUCGAAAUCAAAGUGCAUGUGAACUGUAGCCACUGUGAUCACGAUAUGUGCCACAUUGAUAUGAAGACACAGGAGGUUAUUUGCAUAUGUGUUUUCGGGUAUGUGUUGGCUGAUGAUGGUGUCUCUUGCAUAGCUGAGCCUGUACUGCCUACGAAGAAUCCUUCCCUCUCCUUGGUCUUGUCUGUAGUGACAUCUGCCCUCGUUGCUGCUCUGAUCCUAGCCUUUUCUGGGAUCAUGAUAGUGUACCGUCGGAAACACCAGGAACUGCAAGCUAUGCAGAUGGAGUUACAGAGCCCCGAGUAUAAACUGAGCAAGCUGCGCACCUCCACCAUUAUGACUGACUACAACCCCAAUUAUUGCUUUGCAGGGAAGACCACAUCCAUUAGUGACCUCAAAGAGGUGCCCCGGAAAAAUAUCUCUUUGAUAAGGGGUUUAGGCCAUGGAGCCUUUGGGGAGGUGUACGAAGGUCAGGUGGUUGGUAUCCCCAGCGACCCCAGUCCCUUGCAAGUGGCUGUAAAAACUUUGCCAGAGGUUUGUUCAGAGCAAGACGAGCUGGAUUUCCUCAUGGAAGCUCUAAUAAUCAGCAAGUUCAACCAUCAGAAUAUCGUGCGCUGCAUUGGGGUGAGCUUGCAGGCUCUGCCACGCUUUAUUCUGCUGGAACUCAUGGCUGGAGGAGACUUGAAAUCUUUCCUGAGGGAGACACGGCCGAGGCCGAGCCACCCCUCUUCUCUAAGCAUGCUGGACUUGCUACAUGUGGCUCGCGACAUUGCUUGCGGCUGUCAAUAUCUGGAAGAAAAUCACUUCAUCCACAGAGACAUCGCUGCUCGAAAUUGCCUCCUUACAUGUAAAGGCCCUGGGAGAAUAGCUAAAAUUGGAGAUUUUGGGAUGGCCCGGGACAUAUACAGAGCCAGUUACUAUAGAAAAGGAGGGUGUGCAAUGCUCCCUGUCAAGUGGAUGCCCCCCGAGGCCUUCAUGGAAGGGAUAUUUACGUCCAAAACGGAUACCUGGUCAUUUGGAGUGUUGCUGUGGGAAAUAUUCUCUCUCGGAUAUAUGCCCUAUCCCAGCAAAAGUAACCAGGAGGUCUUGGAGUUCGUAACAAGUGGAGGAAGGAUGGAUCCACCCAAAAACUGCCCCGGCCCUGUGUAUCGAAUAAUGACACAAUGCUGGCAACACCAGCCUGAAGACCGGCCAAACUUUGCCAUAAUAUUGGAGAGGAUUGAAUACUGCACUCAGGAUCCUGAUGUGAUCAACACAGUUCUGCCAGUGGAAUAUGGCCCCUGCAUUGAGGAGGAAGAAAAGGUCCCUGUGCGCCCUGAAGACCCUGAAGCAAUCCCUCCGUUGCUAGUCUUGCCGCAGCAAGAGAAAAAAGGUGUUGAGCAGCUCCUGCCUUCCCCACCAUCCUUGGCCUUAGCCAUCGCUACAGGGAAGGCUCUGGUGAAAGCAGCUAGUGUCGAUCCAUCAGUCUGUGCUAAUACACAGGCCCCCCUGGAAGGGGGACAUGUCAACAUGGCGUACACUCAGUCCAAUCCCGCCACUGAGCUCCACAAAGGCCGAGGGUCCAGAAACAAGCCUACCAACCUCUGGAACCCAACCUACGGCUCCUGGUUUUCAGAGAAGCCCAUUGUCAAAAACACUUCACAGGCGGAGAAAGAGGCAACUGAGAGGGAAGGUCCGGGGCAUGAAGGGAACUGUACUUUGGGGCCGAGCAUUGUGACUGGAAGGCUGCCAAGCUCCUCCCUUCUUCUAGAACCAUCUUCGCUGACAGCCAGCGUUAAGGAAGUGCCUCUGUUCAGGCUCCGCCAUUUCCCAUGUGGAAACGUUAACUAUGGAUACCAACAGCAGGGCUUGCCCUUGGAAACUUCGGCCCCAUCCUUGUGCCAGCAGCUGCGAGGGCCCUCCCCUUAGGAACAAGGCCAACUCCCCCCACCAGGGCCCCCGGAAAACAUCUCAUCCUUUUGACUCUCUUCCCGUGUGACUCGUAAGCCUUGGUGCAAACGUUGCUGUCACCUAAACAAGCACGAGAGCAGAACAAGAUGCCCUUCUGGUAAUGUGCCAAUGCGCUCUGAAGUGCCACCCUUGGAAGCUCUGCUUUUCGAACCUGCAAGAAGCUUCCGUUUGUCAGAGUGCACACACCCCUUACACACACACUCGAAACACCCGAGGACAACAGUAUUAUCUGCAAGGCCCCACUCUCAGUUGCAUAAAGUCAUCUGCAUGGUUGUUCUCUGUGCCCUUCCCUGUGCGCUGCUUCCUUCUCUGUUGUUUAUGUGCCGUUUCAAGACUCACUGUCACGAGUGUUUAAUGUCUGGGGAUUUCCCUGUGCUGCCAGACACAGUGUCAGGGAAAUCCUUCUUGCUGCCAGAGAUUUGAGGAGAGGAUGGGGAAAUGUUGCACUCUCACCGAAAUCCAAAAUCAGAUAAACGUGGACUCCCAUGGGGCAUGUACCCAAACAGCAACUCAGCUCCAGCAUGGCCCUUCCACAAGCAUGCACAACCAUUGUGGUGCUCUUAAGGGUAGCAGAAACACAUCUGCUUUCACACCUUUGGUCUACAAGAUGGAAAAUGCAGGAAUUAAGGAACAUGGUGAAAGUCAGUGAUGUAGUUUGA